UGUAAGUUAGGUCAGCAGAUGUCAGUGCGAUACAUAUCGCCGUGGAGUAGAGGUUUGCUUACGAUUAUUCGCUGGAAUAUAAUCUCCGAAAAGAAUGGGUAAUUAUAUCGCCACUUAUAUCACCAAACCCGACGUGAUGCCCGUUCCCGAGGGACCACCGACGUUCGACCCGAUGUUGGGAUUUCCAACUGGCCGAAAACCCAGGGAGAUGUUGGUGUCAGAAGAAGACAUGAUAGCUGCGAAGAUCCCACGCGAUAGACGUGAUUACUGUGCUCACAAGUAUAUGGAUCUUCUACAGUGUCACAGAAUACAUUACCCUGUCAUGUUGAAGUGUGCAUAUGAGAAACACGAAUAUUCACGUUGUCGGGCUAACGAUACGAUCUUAAGACUGAAGGAGUACGAAAGGGAACGUCGUCUGCUUGAGAGAAGGAAGAGGAUACAACAGAAACAAGCAGCCGCUGCUUAAAAGACGACUUCUAUAGAAUUUCAAUAAAUCGGUUUUUGUCGUGUCAACUUAGGGUGUUAUAAGUAAAAAUGGAGUAAUUGCUCUAGUGUUGUAUAUUCACACACACACAUAUAUAUAUAUAUAUGAUAUUAAUAAAUUGUAUAGCAAUAGAUUUUC